CUCAACAUUACCUUGUCUGGGGCUGAGCAGAGACAGCGCUGCUGGUGGUCUGCCGCCAGAGCGCGAAAGAGAGAGAGAGACAGAGAGUGAGCGAAGGGGAGAGAGAGAUGCGCUCCUGUGUGGCACAUUGGUUCAGGCUACUUUUCUGACGACGAAACAGUCAACCUGUGGAUAGCAGCGGGUGGAGUGAGGAUAUUAAAGUCGCGAGCUCUACUGUCACUGCUGCGUACACCCCACCCUCCUUCAUCUCCAGCUCAAGCCGCUGAAAUCUAGGAUGCACGGGCUGCCAGCAGCUCCCGUUUAAUUCAUGAAAGGAGAGGGACCGACGCCAAGUCUGGGGGCGCGCGCCGAGCCCGCUUUAUGAAUGGCCCGAACAUGGAGAAAAUUCCGUUUGAAAGAGUCCAGACCCGGAAGGAGGGUCACUGUCCGGCCGCCACCGGUACAACCAUCGCUGCCGUCGCGUGCGAGGACGAGUUCGACAGCAAAGAGCUCGAGACGCUCUUCCAAAACUACAACCUGAAGCUGGAGCAGACGGCGACGCUCAAAGCCCUCGCGGUGCUCAUCGUGGCCGCCUCGUCGCUCGCGCUGAUGGAGCUUCUGUCCGGUCCCCGGCUCACGGUGUCCAAGGGCUCUCACCCGGUGCACAGCGUAGUGUUCGUCUCUCUCUUUAUAGUCACCAACGUCAAGUACCUGCAAGUGACGCAGCUGCAGCAGAUCGCCAAGCUCGCGCUGCUUUUCAGCUUCACCUUCGCGCUCCUCUGCUGCCCGUUCCCCCUCGCGCUUGGCGCCGCCGGCGUGGGGGCUCCCCCCGCACCGGAGCAAGGCGUGUGGCAGCUCAUGCUAGUCACUCUCGUGGCAUACGUGCUGCUCCCGGUGCGGACGCUGCUCGCGGUGCUGUUUGGUAUGAUGGUGGCCGUUUCCCACUUCAUCGUCACGGCGACAUCAGUCACGGCCAGAAAACACAAGCUCUGGAGACCGCUGGUGGCCAACGCUGUACUGUUCACCAGUGUCAACCUGUCUGGAGUCUUUGUCAGGGUGCUGACUGAGCGUGCUCAAAGGAAGGUCUUUCUGCAGGCUAGGAGCUGCAUAGAGGAAAGGCUACGACUAGAGGAUGAGAACGAGAAGCAGGAGCGCCUCCUGAUGAGCCUGUUGCCCAGGAACGUUGCCAUGGAGAUGAAGGAGGACUUCCUGAAGCCGCCCGAGAGGAUCUUUCAUAAGAUCUACAUCCAGCGUCAUGACAACGUCAGUAUCUUGUUUGCAGACAUCGUGGGGUUUACCAGUCUGGCGUCUCAGUGUACUGCCCAGGAACUGGUCAAACUGCUCAACGAACUAUUCGGGAAGUUUGACGAGCUGGCCACAGAGAACCACUGUAGGCGUAUAAAGAUUCUGGGGGACUGUUACUACUGUGUGUCAGGUCUGACCCAACCCAAGGCAGACCAUGCACACUGUUGUGUAGAGAUGGGCCUGGACAUGAUCGACACUAUCACGUCUGUGGUGGAGGCUACAGAGGUGGAUCUGAACAUGCGUGUGGGUCUGCACACGGGUCGGGUACUCUGUGGGGUUCUGGGACUCCGGAAGUGGCAGUAUGAUGUCUGGUCCAAUGAUGUCACUCUGGCCAAUGUGAUGGAGGCAGGAGGGCUGCCUGGUAAGGUCCACAUAACCAGGACUACUCUAGAGUGUUUGAAUGGAGACUAUGAGGUGGAGCCUGGCUUUGGCCAUGAUAGACACGCCUUCCUACAGAAACACAACAUUGAGACCUUCUUCAUAGUACCCUCCCACAGGCGAAAGAUCUUCCCAGGGUUGAUCCUGUCGGAUAUCAAGCCAGCCAAGAAGAUGAAGUUUAAGACAGUGUGCUACCUGCUUGUUCAGCUCAUGCACUGUAGGAAGAUGUUCAAGGCGGAGAUCCCCUUCUCUAACGUCAUGACCUGCGACGACGAUGACAAGAGGCGUGCGUUGCGGACGGCAUCGGAGAAGGUGCGUAGCCGGACGUCGUUCUCAGGCUCUGUGCAGCACCCGCCUGGUACACGGGUUAACCGCUACAUUGGCCGGCUAAUCGAGGCUCGUCAGACAGACUCACAGACCACCGACCUCAACUUCAUCACACUCACCUACAGGAACACAGACAGGGAGCGCAGGUAUAACCAGGAGUAUGAUGGUAAUUUCAUCAGUGCAGUGAUUGUCUCUCUGGCCCUCGCUGUUCUCUUUGGCCUUAUCUAUCUUUUGAUGAUACCACAGGGACUGUUGGUGCUGCUGUUGCUGGUGAUGUGUUUGUGCUUCCAUGUGGUCUGUGUGAUGUAUCUUUACAUCACAAGUGUUCAGUGUUUUCCAGGGUGUCUCACCAUUCAGAUCCGAACAGCGCUCUGUGUGUUUCUAGUCCUGUUGACCUACUCUGUCACCCAAGCCUGUGUGGUGAGCUGUUUACCCUGGGUCUGGAUUAUGGGAGGUAACUCCAGUAGCAGCUCCGUGGAGACUGUUUCCAUGGACACGCCGAGUGAGCCAGGGCCAAUAAACAGUACGGUAGCAGAGGGGGUGUGUCCGAACGUUUCUUACGCUCUCCUCUCCUGCGUGGCCGGAACUCUCACCGUCAUCCCUUACCUCCGAGUCUCCUCGUUACCUAAGAUACUCAUGCUCUUCCUUCUCUCGGUCCUUUACACCGUUGCCAUGGAGACCAGCGGGUACCGCAUCGCCGUGGGGGGAGGUUUGCUCCACCCUCGGCGGUAUGAUUCAGUGCUGGGUCUCCUGUUGUUUUCUGUAGCUCUGGCUCUACACUGUAGACAACUGGACCUCAAACUACGCCUAGACUACCUGUGGGCCACUCAGGCAGAGGAGGAGAGAGGCGACAUGGAGAAGGUGAAGCUGGACAACAAGAGGAUCCUGUUCAAUCUCCUACCUGCACAUGUUGCGCAGCACUUCCUCAUGUCCAACCCCCGCAACAUGGACCUGUACUACCAGUCGUAUAGUCAGGUAGGAGUGCUGUUUGCCUCCAUCGCUAAUUUCAAUGACUUCUACAUUGAGCUGGACGGCAACAACAUGGGAGUGGAGUGUCUCAGGCUGCUCAACGAGAUCAUCGCAGACUUUGACGAGCUGAUGGAUAAAGAGUGCUAUAAGGACAUUGAGAAGAUCAAAACUAUCGGCAGCACAUACAUGGCUGCAGUAGGCCUGGUACCUACCACUGGCUCCAAGGCUAAGAAGUCCACCUCCUCACACUUAUGCACAGUGGCAGAUUUUGCUGUUGAGAUGUAUGAUGUACUGGAUGCCAUCAACUACCAGUCGUACAACGACUUUGUCUUGAGAGUGGGUAUUAACGUGGGUCCAGUAGUAGCAGGAGUGAUCGGAGCACGGAGGCCUCAGUAUGAUAUCUGGGGGAACACAGUGAACGUGGCCAGCAGGAUGGACACCACUGGACUACCGGGAAAGAUACAGGUGACAGAAGAUGUGCAGCGCAUCAUCAAGGGUCAAUAUGACUUUGUGUGCCGUGGCAAGGUCAGCGUCAAGGGCAAAGGACAGAUGCUUACGUACUUCCUGGAGGGGCGGAUCCCCGGCAGGGGGUCACAGCAUCAGCCCAGGAACCUGGAUCGCUGCCGGACAAGUCUGUUCAACCGUUCAGCCAUUAGCAACAUCUGCACCAAACUGAGCCCUGCCCCCACCAUGACCACCUAUUCCACGAUGCGAAACCCCACCCCCGGCAUAGCCACUGCAGCAACCACCUCCACAAACAGCACCAUCCUCUACCUGCCCUCUGUGGCUGUUCCCACGGCGAUGGAGGUGUGAGUGAGUGGCUGAUUUGAAGACUGUCUCCAUAGUGACCAAGGAAUCUUCCUUGACAGAUAGAGAGUGGAGAUCAAGAGAGAGAUAGAGUAGAGCUGUUAGAAAGUCACUGAAAGUGAAAGUGAAAUAGGGAUGAGAGAGAGAGGAAGAAGGAGUGGGUUCCACUUCACUGGACUGUCACUAGAGAAUGUGGUUCCACUUUACUGGACUGUCACUAGAGAAUGUGGUUCCACUUUACUGGACUGUCACUAGAGAAUGUGGUUCCACUUUACUGGACUGUCACUAGAGAAUGUGGUUCCACUUUACUGGACUGUCACUAGAGAAUGUGGUUCCACUUUACUGGACUGUCACUAGAGAAUGUGGUUCCACUUUACUGGACUGUCACUAGAGAAUGUGGUUCCACUUUACUGGACUGUCACUAGAGAAUGUGGUUCCACUUUACUGGACUGUCACUAGAGAAUGUGGUUCCACUUUACUGGACUGUCACUAGAGAAUGUGGUUCCACUUUACUGGACUGUCACUAGAGAAUGUGGUUCCACUUUACUGGACUGUCACUAGAGAAUGUGGUUCCACUUUACUGGACUGUCACUAGAGAAUGUGGUUCCACUUUACUGGACUGUCACUAGAGAAUGUGGUUCCACUUUACUGGACUGUCACUAGAGAAUGUGGUUCCACUUUACUGGACUGUCACUAGAGAAUGUGGUUCCACUUUACUGGACUGUCACUAGAGAAUGUGGUUCCACUUUACUGGACUGUCACUAGAGAAUGUGGUUCCACUUUACUGGACUGUCACUAGAGAAUGUGGUUCCACUUUACUGGACUGUCACUAGAGAAUGUGGUUCCACUUUACUGGACUGUCACUAGAGAAUGUGGUUCCACGGUGCAGACGAACAGAGAAAUAGUCCUGGACCCAGUCUUUUCUCUCUCUGUGAGGAGAUGGAACUUAAGGAUUUUGGUCACUGGCCAGCCGGGCUAGUAGAACACAAUUUCAACUAGCCAAAGGUCCGAAAUCUGUACCAUGCAAACUUCGCUCGCAUGACAUUGCCUUCAUCUUACUUUACCUAAAGAUUCCUUCACGUUAUGUAACCAUUCCCUGGUCUUACCUUACCUAACCUUUCCUUCACCUUAUCUUAUCUUACCUUACCUAACCAUUCCUUCACCUUAUCUAACCUAACCAUUUCUUUACCUUACCUUACCUUAACCUAACCUAACCUAACCAUUCCUUUACCUUACUUUACCUAAUCAUUCCUUCACCUUACCUAACCUAAACAUUCCUUCACCUUACCUUACCUUACCUAACCAUUCCUUUACCUUACCUUACCUUACCUAACAAUUAUUUUCCCUUACCUAACCUAACCAUUCCUUCAUCUUACCUUACCUUUCCUAACCAUUCCUUCACUUUACCUUACCUAACCAUUCCUUUACCUUACCUUACCUUACAAUUAUUUUCCCUUACCUAACCUAACCAUUCCUUCAUCUUACCUUACCUUUCCUAACCAUUCCUUCACUUUACCUUACCUAACCAUUCCUUUACCUUACCUUACCUUACCAAACAAUUCCUUUACCUUACCUAACCUAACCAUUCCUUCAUCUUACCUUACCUAACCUAACCAUUCCUUCAUCUUACCUUACCUUACCUAACCAUUCCUUCAUCUUACCUUACCUAACCAUUUCUUCAUCUUACCUUACCUUACCUAACCAUUCCUUUACCUUACCUUUCCUAACUGUUCCUUCACCUUACCUUAUCUUACCUAACCAUUCCUUUACCCUACCCUACCUUACCUUACCUUACCUAACCAUUCCUUCACCUCGCCUUAGGUUGACCCUUUUAUCCCUCUGAUUAGGGUUGCAAAAUUCCAGUAACUUUCCCAACAUUCACAGGUUAUUCAGAAAUCCAGGUUGGAAGAUACUUGGAAUUAGGAAUGGAUCAACUGUAAAUACAGGAAUCCUACAACCAGGAUUUCUGUAAACCUGGGAUUUUUGGGAAAGUUACCAGAAUUUUGCAACCCUACUUAUGCAUCUUAUAUCAGAGCUGUUGCCUUACCGACGGUCCAUUCUACAGGCUGAGUUUAGUGAACGUGUUAUAAUUGUAUCGCCUUUCAGAUCAAUGUAGAUUUCCUCCCUUUUCUAUAUAAAUGUAAUUCUGCCAAGAAUGUCUGUCACAGACUGGACCAUAUUACAUUUUCUGGACCAUAUUCCUCCAAUACAAACUGCCAAACCACAUUGUCUAUUGCAAAGUGUUGUAGUCUUUAUUACAGCUUUUUAAAUGUACAAAGCUUUGAAUUUAAGAAUGACAGCUAUUAUCUUAGAGAUGGGGCCUUGUAUCAGUUCAGGGUUGGUCACCAGUAUUGUUGGAUGCAUGAUGACACCUUCCGCUGCAUUGGAGUCCAGUUUUCUGUGUGUUUAUAUUAAAGUGGAUAAAUGAUGCUUCUAACUUCCAGAAUCUUCCUUCCGUCAUUCCAGUAAAUGUGUAGCAAUAAAACAGCGUGUGUUCUUCUGAAACGGAAUGCCCCCUGCCCUGUCCUGCUUGCAGUAGCAGUGUUGCCAACUGUUUUUCAGUGAGAAUCACUAUUGGCUCCUUGAUUUGUUGCUAGAAGUCCUUAGAUUACGUUUUGCCGUGAGGUCAGCUGGCGCAGUAGCUCAGCUCUGAUUGAAUAAUGCUGUUAGAGCAUCCUGGUUGGAUAGCUGUUUAUUGUAAGAGCAUCCCGAUUGGAUAGAUGUUUAUUGUAAGCGCAUCCCGAUUGGAUAGAUGUGUAUUCAUUGUAAGAGCAUCCUGAUUGGAUAGCUGUUUAUUGUAAGAGCAUCCUGAUUGGAUAGCUGUUUAUUGUAAGAGCAUCCCGAUUGGAUAGCUGUUUAAUGUAAGAGCAUCCCGAUUAGAUCGUGAUGUUAACUGCAAGAGCAUCCUAAUUGGAUAGUGCUGUUAUCUGCAAGAGCAUCCUAAUUGGAUAGUGCUGUUAUCUGCAAGAGCAUCCUGAUUGGAUAGUGCUGUUAUCUGCAAGAGCAUCCUGAUUGGAUAGUGCUGUUAACUUGUAAGAGCAUGCGUUGCCGUGACAAAAAAAAGUAUGUAUUUCUGUGAAAAAAAAAGAAAAGCAUGUUACAGAGAGUUAUUUUUUUGUGUUGAGUGUGGUGAGAUUACAAUUCUUUGGUGGUUUAAAAAUUGCGUUUUUGCCUGCUUGUUUAUUGAGUGAUAUUUUCAAUGACAAAAAGACCAUGUUCAUGGUGUUUAACUUCUAUUUUUAUCAACACUUUAUUGAGACCUGUGGUUUUGAAGCAGGAAGGGGAGUACAAUUCUCUCACUGAAGAGCAACCAUCCUUCUUAUUCUCUCCCCUUUUCAUGCAGAGUCCAAUUAUUUCUAUCAUGGCACUGUAUGUCUCUUACAGGCCACCGUAGCCAGUUACUCUGAAGGCCUCUCCUCUCGGGCCUGCUAUGCAUCUCACCUGUAUGAGGUAAAGACACAACGAAACAAACAGACCAACAGACCAACAUACACAACAGUCCUCUUGCAUGUGAAAACUAAGCCAAGGAAAGCAGUGCUCUUGAAUAUUUGCUGCUUUUCAACCUGUGACUUUUUUGGGGGCGUUGUGGUGUGGUCGUACGAUCUUCAAUUUGAUGUUUGCGGCAGUUAAACAAAUGUUUGAAAUCGACUCCAGUUUGUGAGUCAUGUUGGACCUAACUGAGACAUUACAGGAUGGUAGGAGGCCGGGAGUUGGGGAGGGGGGGGG